CCUCUUGAUCGAUAGCAUACAACCACCUACAAUCGCGAAGAUGCUUGUGCCACGCCCCAGCUCAUCAUCAUCAUCAUCAGCCUUGCGUCAAUUGCUACGCACAUCCUCAUCAACAGUGCCGUCAUCAUCAUGUCGCCCGUUCAGCACCUCGGCCUCCUGCCUCGCUCGCAGCGCCCCCUGUAGCGAGUACAUGGCCGUCUCUCAUCCGGACUCUAGCGCUUCACCAGACUCUGUUGUGGCCAAGACUCUGGCUAGAUUCGACAAGGCUACACUCGCUACGUAUGCUCGCCCGACCGUGCUGCUGACUAGGGGCAAGGGGCUGGAUCUUUGGGCCAAGAUCGAUCCUUCCAGCUCUCCUACCUCUUCUUCAGAGCGACACUACCUCGACUUCUCCUCGGGCAUCGCUGUCAACUCGCUCGGUCACGCGGACGAUGAGAUUGCCCGAAUCGCAGGCGAGCAGGCUGGCCAACUCGUUCACUCGAGCAAUCUGUAUCACAAUGAGUGGAGUGGAGAACUGGCGAAUCGCAUGGUAGACAUGACUCGGGAGCAUGGUGGACUGGGUCUUACGAAGGGAACCAAGGAGGGGGAGGGCGAUGAGAUGAAGGUCUUCUUGGCGAACAGUGGGACAGAGGCUAAUGAGGCCGCUCUCAAAUUCGCACGCAAGUACGCAAUGGUUACGGCAGGCACUGGUCCAGGCGAGAAGAGCGGCCUCAUCUCCUUCCGCAACGCCUUCCACGGACGCACAAUGGGAGCCCUCUCCAUGACGCCCAACCCUAAAUACCAAGCCCCCUUCGCACCGCUCAUCGGCGACGUGCACUACGGGGACUACAACUGCCCACCCUCUGCCCUCGAGUCCCUGAUCACCGACAAGACGGCAGGCGUCAUCGUCGAGCCCAUCCAGGGUGAAGGUGGCAUCUAUCCGGCGAACACAGAAUGGUUGAUGGCGCUGAGGAAGAGAUGCGAUGAGGUUGGCGCCUUGCUUAUCUACGAUGAGAUCCAGUGUGGCCUCUUCCGAACUGGAACCCUUUGGGCUCACUCGAGCCUGCCCGUUGAGGCACACCCGGAUGUGGUCACCAUGGCCAAGCCCCUGGCCAAUGGGUUUCCCAUCGGAGCCGUGCUGAUGAGAGGAAGGGUGGGGGAGGCAAUCAAGGUUGGAGACCAUGGUACCACAUUCGGGGGAGGGCCGCUCACCUCGCGCGUGGCGCACCAUGUGCUUGGCCGCCUCGCUGAGCCGGGUUUGAGGGAGCGUCAGAGCCGUGCGUCACAACACCUCUUUGGGCGCUUGGAGAAGUUGAGGGACUGGUUUCCCGAUCUGGUCGCUCAUGAGGCUGGGUCCUCAGAUGUGACCAAGCUCUCACCCCGUGGAAGGGGUCUGCUGGUUGGAAUGAGCAUGAAGGAGGCAAGCGAUGCGGGAAAGGUGGUGAGGAUGGCGAGGGAGAGGGGGCUCAUUGUGCUUAGCGCUGGCAGCGAUGCGUUGCGAUUCACGCCCAGCUUGACGGUCACUAUCGAGCAGGUGGAUCGGGCGAUGGAUGUUCUGGAGAGCUGUUUCCUUGUACUGAGGGAGGAGAAGCAGGGCAACAAGUAGGCGAAGCGGCCGUUGGUAUGACUGAUAGACAUUGAAGUGGCGCGGUGCACGAACGACGACCGAAAAUAGACGAUACACUACAUAACCCUUCUCUCCCUCAUGGAGCGCUCAGAGCCAGCUCGAGGAAUUGAUCGUAGUUGAGCUGUGCCC